UAAUCAAAAUCAAAAUUAGGGUUCUUGAUUUCUCAAAAUUUAAGCUACAAUGUCUUCUAACGAAGCAGGAUUCGAUGAAAAUGGCGAUGAUCACACUGAUCGCGUCUCCCGUUACAGGACGCACAGUUCUCGUGAAUCUGAACAUGAUAGGUCAAGGACUCGCGGCAGGGAAAAAGAUCAUGACCGCUAUCGUAGAGGCUCUAAGGAUGGAAGUGUGAGGGAUGAUAGAAGAAGAGAAAAAAUGGGUGAUUUUGACCGUCAUGAAAGGAGUAGCCGCGAUCGAAAUUAUCACAGGCACCGUGAUUAUGAUGGUGAUAGAGACAGAAGGAAUGGAAAUAGAUCAAGUUCUCAUUCGCAGGGUAGAUUUCAGAAUCGAUCUAGGUCGCGUUCUCCUUCAAAAAGCAAGCGGAAAAGUGGUUUUGACAUGGCUCCAUCUAUGGUGGGCAUACCUCCUGGUGCUGCAGUGACAGUUAAUGAUGCUGGGCAACUGCCAAGUGUUCCUCAAACAAUGCCAGGAAUGAUACAGAACACUCUACAAUUUGGAACAACACAGUUUGGAGUUCUUCCAUUAAUGCCUGCCCACACCAUGACCCAGCAGGCUACGAGGCAUGCACGACGUGUAUAUGUUGGUGGUCUCCCCCCCUUGGCUAAUGAACAGACAAUCGCAACAUUCUUCAGCCAUGUUAUGACUUCAAUUGGAGGAAAUGCUGCUGGUCCAGGUGAUGCUGUGGUGAAUGUAUACAUAAAUCAUGAGAAGAAGUUUGCGUUCGUGGAGAUGAGAACUGUAGAAGAAGCAAGCAAUGCAAUGACAUUAGAUGGAAUUAUUUUUGAGGGGGUUGCUGUGAGAGUUCGGAGGCCUACAGACUAUAAUCCAUCAUUGGCUGCAACACUAGGUCCUAGUCAACCAAGUCCUCUCCUUAACUUAGCCGCUGUUGGUCUCGUACCAGGUACAAUUAGCGGAGCAGAAGGGCCUGAUCGUGUCUUUGUGGGUGGAUUGCCAUAUUACUUUACCGAGUCACAGAUAAGAGAGCUGCUAGAGUCUUUCGGACCUCUCCGUGGUUUUGACCUUGUGAAGGACAGAGACACUGGGAACUCUAAAGGAUAUGGUUUCUGUGUCUAUCAGGAUCCUGCAGUGACUGAUAUUGCAUGUGCUGCUCUAAAUGGCUUGAAAAUGGGAGAUAAAACUUUAACUGUCCGUCGUGGUACUGAAAGUGGCGGGCAGUCCAGGUCGGAACAGGAAAAUAUAUUAGCUCAAGCUCAGCAACAUAUAGCUAUCCAGAAAAUGGCCCUGCAAGCUGGUGUUAUGAAUCUUCCUGGAGUAGGGAUACCAUUGGCAGAAUCUUCACACUCUCCAUCUAAAGUUUUAUGCUUAACUGAGGCAAUUGCAAUGGAAGUACUAGCAGAUGAUGUAGAGUAUGAAGAAAUAUUAGAAGAUAUGCGGGAAGAAUGUUGUAAAUUUGGAACCUUGAUCAAUGUUGUUAUCCCUCGCCCAAGUCAGACUGAAGAGCAAAUAUCUGGUGCUGGAAAGGUGUUCUUAGAGUAUUCCGAUACCAGUAGCUGUUCAAAUGCAAGAAGUGCACUAAAUGGGAGGAAAUUUGGAGGAAAUACUGUGAACGCGUCUUAUUAUCCAGAAGACAAGUAUCACAAUGGGGAUUACGGUUUUUAGUGAACUUAGGAACACCAUUUCCAUUCUUAAGUUCUAUAUGGCAAUUUAUGUUAUCAAAUCAUUUAUUGCCAUCUGUUAGCAGCUACUUCAUGCGGAGAGGUCUCAGAUAUGUAAAUAUGAUUUUAUGAGUCAACUGACAGCAAACAAAGAGCAUAAUCUGAUAGUUAAGGUAGCUUGUUCCCCUUCAUUAUCUCCGUCCCUUGUGCUCCACUGUUUUGAGCAACUUGUGGAUUAACAUUACUGCAGGCCACCUGCAUUCUCUUUCCGGUGAACCAGCUUUUAUGCCAAUUUUGGUGGUGGACCUCAAAAACUAGGCACUGACAGUGGAGUGUAUGGGGUUGAUCGACUACCAGGAACUUGUGUCUGUUGAUGAAACGCAAUAUUGUUCAACCUUGCGAUUUA